CCGUCAUUGGCUGCCUGUCGGGCCUGUCGGCUGACUUCGGCUUCAGCAGCACCCUGUGAGCGCCAUGGGGAGCUAUCAGAGACACAACUGCCGGUUUCAAUAUCUUUUCUUGGCGACUUUUGGCAUGCUUCGUGCAAUUAGCUUUGCAAGCUGGGCUGUAUCUGGCCAGAGCACCAGUCUCAGAAGAAGAACAAUCGGCCUAGCGAGAUUUCCAGCGUUCAUGAUUCCAGCUGCAAUUCCAGCAGCUCCAGCUACCACGGGCUUCUGCUCAACCGGUGGGUGCAGUCCUGACAAGACUACAGAUGCUGAGGAUCAACUGAAAGCACAGCAGCUGAGAAGAGAAGCUGACAGUCGUGCCACUGCUUCUGACGCUCACCUGGCCAAACUGGCAACUAUAUUGAACAUUCUGGGGUUGUACUUGUGUGCCUGCGCAUCAUGUUAUUGCAAUUGCUGGCUGUGCCCUUUCAUUCAACACUCCGUCGGACCGAGUCUAGACCUUAUGCCAUUCAAGGAUGUUCUUUUGCGUGCUACUGCAGCAAGUGGGCAGCAGAAAUAUUUGGUUCGUGGCACCUCCGGAGCUGCAUACCACCGUGAUGUUGCACUUCCAUAUGUGAAGUCGUACAUGAAGGAUGGCUUUGGGAUAGAAGUCUUAGGUGGCGGACGGAUCUUGCAUGACACCCAAAGGGGGUUCAUCCAGAUCUACGGCUUCUCCUAUGGCUUCCCGUGGGUCGAGGGUGCAGGCCAUGAGAUUUCGGCUGAGGUCUGCCGUCAGUACUUUUCUGGCUACGAGGCUGGAGAUGGUAUCCAGCGCAUCUUGAUGAGAGCACUUUGAACAUGCGGGUGAGCUGGUCUGAUGAAGGCUACUGAGCUUGGCGCAGCAGAGCUGUGGAUCGAUUCGCGAUUAGGGCUGCCAGAUUGGAGCCUUAAAGUGGGCUUCAAGAGCGGGAGCAAAAUCAGCCGUUUGAGUUGGAGCUUCACUGACCCAGUGUGAAGCACAAAGCACGAAGCACGACACCCGAGCUGCAUUCUGAGGUGGGCGCGCGAAACCUUUGUUAGUUGGAUCUGAGCCAUGCGACAUGGCU